CCUUCCGUGGUGCAUUUUCAUGCCUUUUCUUGUGCCGGCACUGCAAACCAUUGGCGGCCGGAGAUUGGAUUGACGUUCCUCCGUUAAUCUUGGGCCGCGAUAUCUCCUCAAGCAGUGUCGAGGCGAUGUCGAUGAAGGAUCAUCUAUUCUGUCUGUCGUGACCCAAUAGAAGAUAUACAGCAUCCAAACCUGUGCUUUCCCGUCCUUCAUCAUCUACUACCACCUUCCCAUUCUUCCUCUGUCUGCCACACCACGCCUCGUUUUUCCGAUUCCAUUGUCAAUGACAGACCCAAAUCGUCCUAAAAUGGAGGUUUUUACCAGUGCAUCUAAAGUCAAAAUCGGCAACGGCAACUUCUCGAGCGUUGGAAGAGAUCAGUAUAACUACACAACCCAUAAUAACAUCGUUCAGACCCGGGACAAGAAGAGAAAAAUUGGCAGGGGUUUUCCAGAACUUUCCGAGUUCACCGAAAUCAAGCGGGGUGAUGUAUACAAGAGCAAGGACGGUGUCUGUUAUUCGUGGAAUCUGUGUUCAAAUGAGAAGGACGACACGGAAAUGGCGGUCUAUACUGCAGAGCUCAACAUCACUGGGCCCUUUGGACAGAAGAAAUUCACUGUGAAGACGUAUCGGGGGCGAAAUGCGAUGAAGGAAUGGAGGCGGGAUUUUUCGCGAUGUUCAAAGGACUGGCUCAGGGAUGUUCCACUUUUUGGUUACGACAGGUCGUCGGUUCCUUCAUUGAUAUUCUGUGGAGAGCUCGUACCUGUUGCACAUAUCGAAGGCGGACUGGGAGCGGUGGGGUUAUUCUACAUUCAAUUACUGAAAACUAGCUUGGGAUGUUCAAGGAAUGAGCUGUGGAUGGAUCCUACGCAGGGAAGAUUUUAUCGUGGACCAAUUGGACCAAAGUGUCGUAUUUGGAGGGAAGAAGACAUUGAUGUCACAAUUCCUUCCGACGUGGAUUUCCUGAGAGAAGAUGUCGUCUUUCGAUAUCUCGCUAGCAAGGAAGAGGAUCUGGUGCUUCUUUUCAUGCUUGCUUACAGUGGUCAUUCUGAAAUACUUCACGAUAUCCCAAUCUGCCGCACCCGCGUCAUUUCCGGUUUGACGAACUCGGCGAUUGCCUCCUCCGAGAAUGUACGGUGGUGGAGUUGGACAGAUUGUUUCGGAAAAAGGCAAAUGAUGCCAGAUGGAGCAACAAGGUUCCGACUCAGAGAUGAUCGGCGCACGAUGGAAGUAGUCUCUGUCGACGAAUCGGUCCCUUGGCUCACACAAGCGUCAAGCGUUUUUCACGUCCACAACGUCUCGAUGGAUGAAAACCUUUCCAGCUAUAAGCUCGCCUACCCUUUUGUCAGGCUCACAGGCUCAAUUCAGAGAUCCAAACGCAAACGUCAACGACGCCAAUCACUCGACACACCGAUUUAUCUCAUUCUCCGUCCUUCCUCAAAUGCUGUCUAUCAUUGGUCGUUGGACCCAACCGGCCAAACUCCGCUCUCGCCAGACAUGUGCAAGUACCUCGGCCUUCCCUUCAAGCUCUUCCUCGAAGUGGCUCCAUGCCAAGAAUCCUGGCCAACCAAGAUCUACAAAGCGGUUCGUGACUACCAAAUCGUGAGGGGAUUUGACCCUGCAAGCACGGAUUUCGCACAAUCUUUGGGUUACUCUGUAUAUGAUGUCGUUCCUGCCGAGAACUGCUUCCAGGAGAUAGUUGAAGAACAACAAGAAAUUCCCUCCGAAUCGGAAGAUGUAUCUUUGCCAACGAUCAAAGGCGACUCGGAAUUUCUCGACUCAAACCUCUCUGACAAUGAUCAGGGGGAAGGUGAAAUAUUAUUUCUUGCUUUUGUCCCGCUCCUACUUGUCUGCAUCUUUAUUAGACCCAAUUCCCGAAGAACUGGACGACUCUUUCUUGCUCGAUCUGCUGUUCCAUGAGAUCAAGGCCGAAGGAUCCGUGAACAAGGCAAACAGAGUAAAAACUCAGAAAGGCAUGAAGCGCAUACGAAUAAGCGCGUUAUUUGCCUCGCUUAUUCGGGGGCUCAGAUAUCUCGGCUGUAGCAAUCCUACCUAGUCUUGUGGAGCAAUGAAAGUUCAAAAUUCAAGUAUUUAUGGACAUGUUCAUUUUUUUAGGGAUACUCGAUAGGAAUAUAACAUUUUCCGACACCG